GCAUGUUCCUCUCAGCGAGUGGGGUUGUAGAGGUGGGAUCGCCAGGACGGGAGAAGGCAGGCUGGGGGGAACCCACGCGUCCGAGCCCCAUGGAAAGUCCGCCUUUGCCAAACAACUGACGAGUGGCUGUUGUUGAUUUUUCUCCUCGUUUGUUCUCAGCAUACGGACGCACUGUAGGCUACUUGUGGAAAGAGAGGAGUGGUGAUAAGCUUGUCCUUCCUUCCCGCUUUUGGGUGUUUUUUUUGUGUGUCACCAUUGCGCACAACAAGGCUUGAGAGACUGAGCUCUUGGACUGUGGGAGCCCCCCCUCAGCUCGGAUCUGUUCCGGUUCCAGAUGGCCCAUGGAAGAACGUGGAUGAGGGCUUUGCUGUAGAGCAGGCAGAAGGCCUGUCUGUUGUCAGUGGACUGAUUAGUCCAUCAAGGACCGGCAUCACUCUCACCAGGGAACAGAACGGACCCGGAAAAGGUUUUCCACACUUAUCCCUGCCCCCUUUCCACCCUUAUCCCCAACCCAGGCGGCACAUACGCUCUGGACCAUGUCUGGCGGGCUGUCCCACGCGGGCCGGACUGAGGACCUGGAACGGAGUAGCUGCAAACAGGACUCUCCUGUUAUAGAACGCAGGAAUCGCAGUGGCAUCAUCAGUGCACCACUAAACAAGAGCCUUAAGAACUCCCGCACUCUCUCACAGUACACAGCGGUCUCCUCCGCCAACAGCAAUGGACACAAAGACAAUAGUGAGACAAAGAGCCACUCGGCCAAGCCUCAACCACCUACACCGCCCCAGCCCACUGUCUCUGCACUGACAGCAGCCAAGUUGGACCGAACCCUAGAACAGGUUCUGGAGGGACAGAAUGGCCUGCUGCACUUUGCCCAGGCAGCAGCACUUUUAAAGCGGGCCGGUAUGGAGCACAUGCUUCUUCCUGGGGGCAUGGGAGUGGGAGUUGGCGGAGGAGAUACAGGCUCGGGGGCUAGCGACUUGGAGGGUACGUCUGUCACGGACGCCGUAGGUGGUCCUGUUGACUUUCCAUAUGGAGUAGGAGGCGGCUUCCCCUUCAACCCGGGGCUUUUCAUUAUGACGCCGGCUGGAGUGUUUCUGGCGGACAGCGCGCUGCACAUGGCCGGCCUGACCGAGUACCCGGCACAGAACGAGUUGGCCUCUGCCAUCAACUCCGGUAAAAAGAAGCGAAAACGUUGCGGCAUGUGUCCACCUUGCCGGCGGCGGAUUAACUGUGAGCAGUGCAGCAGCUGCCGGAAUCGCAAGACAGGGCAUCAGAUCUGCAAGUUUCGCAAAUGCGAGGAACUGAAGAAGAAGCCCUCUGCUGCUCUGGAGAAGGUGAUGCUUCCUACAGGAGCGGCAUUCCGGUGGUUCCAGUAGGACUUCUCCUCUUCCUCUCCCUUACCCAAAGCUCUGCCAUCAAGUGCAAUGCCAACUCUUUGGAUUGUCUCCGGACACUGGCUAAUAAAUAAACAAGCAACAACAAGAAAAUACUAUUUAAAAAAAAAAAAAAAGAACAGAAACAAAGCAGAAAAAAAGAUCUGUGGGGUAAUGGAUGCGCCUACUUAUUUCUUGAACCAAAAAUGAAGUGUGAAGAAAAGCAUCUAUGGAAACUUUAAUUCCCUUUUCUAUGUUUCCAUUUUGGUACCUUUUUGUCCUUUUUCCAGCAGCUUUUUUUUCCCAUGUCGCCUGAACAUGGAUCGGUUUAUUGCCAGAAGCAGAAAUGACGGACCCAAGUGUGGACAAUCAACUAAUUUCUGUGUUUGGUGUUAAUGUUGUUCAUGUGUGGAAAGAUACAGUACCUGUGUAGAGAAUGUACUUUUACAGCUAUAUAUUUUAAAACUAGUGGCUAAUGGCAAACAUGCUUGUAAUUCUUCACUAUUACGUUACCGAAACCUUUGUCUGUUUUGAACAAACAACAAAACGGUUUUUCCAACACAUCCAAACAGGAAACAAAAACCGACACUCCGCGGUAAUGUCGCCCAUCUUCAGCCCUUGUCUGCAUUUUCAAACUUUUUUUUUUUUUAUGUGCAACUGGCAGCCUUACAUUUGUUAUUUUGGCCCCUACUGAGCAUGCUCUGUAGCAUGCUAUCCGGCCGAUAGCACUAAGAGACAGCACUUGCUCUGAGUCUACCCUACUGAACGCACUGAGACAAGAUGACUUUUUUUUGUAUUUGCUUUGUUUAUUUGUUCUAUUUUCAUGAUUUUUGUUAUGUUGUCGGGUAGCUGCAGCUCUUAAGAAUAACCGAUCUUUGUAUUUGUUUAGAAAAUUGGACUGUUUUUUGUGAAUAAAGAGGAAUGCAUGUAUUUGUGUCAAAUGUACAAUUCUGAUUCUGGUUGUCCACUUCUCACUCAUUUCAUUUCAAAAAGUAUAUAUUAUGAUUAUUACGCUGGGGCCUCUGUGUGUGGAGUUUGCAUGUUCUCCCCGUGCAUGCGUGGGUUUUCUCCGGGUACUCCGGUUUCCUCCCACAUUCCAAAAACAUGCUAGGUUAAUUGGUGACUCCAAAUUGUCCAUAGGUAUGAAUGUGAGUGUGAAUGGUUGUUUGUCUAUAUGUGCCCUGUGAUUGGUUGGGGACCAGUCCAGGGUGUACCCCGCCUCUCGCCUGAAGACAGCUGGGAUAGGCUCCAGCAUGCCCAAGACCCUAGUGAGGAUAAACGGUACAGAAAAUGGAUGGAUGGAAGAGUACAAAUAUUUAACAAUGUUUUUCAAACACAAACUUAAGACAAAGACAAAGCUCUCCUGACAUCCCACUGUUCCUGUAAAAGUGUAAAAAGAAGUUAAUCACAUACUUGCUUCACCAACAUAAUGCGAAGGGGAUGCCAAUUUGCCUCACUUUGUUAAAAGAAGCUUUAGAAAAGAAUGAGAAGGUGAUGCAGAUGUGCAAGUGUAAAGGAGUGUGUGUAAAAAGAAAUGAAAUCACAAAAACAAUAGCUCAAUAACAGCUGGAAUCUACCCCAGGUGACGUGCAGUAGGUUUCCAGUGGGGGCUAUUAAUCCGUUGCUAUUUGCAUGACGUCAGCUUCCCAAGUGUACAAUGUCAUUUGACUUCAGAGCUUCCACUCUACUUUUUUUUUAACAAUGUUAUCAAGGCUUUGGUGUCUGCCUUGAGUUGUGCACAUGUGAUACAUUAGCCAAGUGGAAGAA